CGCAAUGAGCUCUGAAAAGAUUGAAAUAUCUGCGGCUAAAAUGGAAGAAGCUGUUGAAUCAGAACCUCUCAAAGUUCCCGAGGAGACUGCGAAAGAAGAAAACGCAAUGGAUACCAAGACUGAUUCGGUUCCGGAGACUGAAUCGAACAAGACAGAGACAGAUUCAGAAGAGAAAGAAGAUAGCUCAGUCAUAAAUUCGGAGCCCUCGGUUAAAAUUGACUCGACUGAUUCAGAGAGCAAAAUCGACUCCGCGGAGGUUGCAAAACCAGACCAAGAAGUGAUAUCUGUGGAGCGUCUGUAUGAAAUAUGCGAAACAUUAGAUUCCAUGUCCAAGUCCAACCCGGAUAAGAUGUACUCUUACGAAGGACUUUUCCGGGAGCUCCUGGGAGGAGUGAAAGGGGAAAAGAAACAAAAACAACUGUCUUGUCAAUUUAUAAUGAGAUUUUUCAAGUUUUUUAGUACCUCCCAACCCUUGUUAGAAUUAACCUUAGACGCACUUUUUGACCUAUGUGAAGAUCUAGACGCGGCUAUUAGGCGUCAAGCUAUUAAAGAGUUGCCCAAUAUUUGUAAAAGUGUACCGGAAACAGUUGCCCGUAUUUCAGACAUUUUAGCCCAGCUUCUCCAAGCUGAGGAUUCGGUUGAGUAUGCUUUCGUCCAGACGUCACUUCUACAGCUGGUCAAAAUCAACGCAAAGGAAUGUCUGUUGGCGCUGUUUGUUCAAAUUUUGACGGCCAGCGAGACCGGAGGAGAAAUCAUACGAGAGAGGACAAUCAAAUUUUUGGCCACAAAACUGCCAUCACUCUCGCCAGAUAUCCUGACACCAGAAAUUGAGACUCUUCUCAUUGCAAAAAUCCAGGAAACAUUACUAGAUGUCACAUGCCACGAGUUCAGUACGUUUAUUAAGAUACUCGCAUCACUGAGACAGCUCCAGCAAACUGAAGGUCGAGCCAGAUUGAUUGAGAUGAUAGCUAAUCAGGCUGGAAUUUCGGACGAUAAGAGUUCGGAUUUUGAUCCGAAAGAUGAAGAAAAAGUGGCAAUUUUGGUGCAGUGUACAAAACAAGCUUUGGAUUUCUUUUCACGCAGUUUACCUAGCACGAAAUUUACGAGCUAUUUUUGCACCACUGUUCUGCCGAGUAUUUGGGAGCUUCCAGAAAACUCAGAUAGUCCAGAUCGAAAUGGAAUGCCGACUCAAGUGGAUGUCUUGAAGCUUUUAGCCGAGUUGUCAGUAAACAGUGGUGCGUUGGACAAUGUUUGUAUAGAGCAUGUUUAUAAUGCACUCGUUAGGUUGUUACCUGAGAAACCGACAGCUGAGGAAGGUGGAAAGUCUAGUGGAGGUGCUUCUUUGCCUAACUUAAUGUUGUCACAUUUGGAAUGUGUCUUAUUCAUUUAUCACACACUUGCUCGCCAACCCUCUUAUAUAACGCUGGAGCAAUCUAAGAAUAAUUUGAAGAAAUUGAAACCGAGUUUGACAUUUUUGGCUUCCGGGAUUCAAAGCUACAUUCAAAAACUGAGAGAGGAUGUUGCACUGUACUCACAAGAAGAGUUGAAGGAGCCAGAAAAUAGUCUAAAACUUACAGCAUUGAAAGUAACUCUGAAUAUCACUCUGAUUAUAAAAGAAUUGGCACGCUCUCCUCCCUCAUUCCAGGAAAUUGUUACGUUGUCAUGGAAACGAGCUACCCAAGUGUCUGGAAACAAAGCUGCGGUGAAAAGGAAAUCACAACAAGGUGGACACAAUUCUCACGACCGGAGGGGAGACGAAACUGAAGCGGGGUCAAGUGACGCCAGAGGUCAAAGGUAUAAUCCACCUUCGGGAAAAUAUAGCAAGCAGGUCAACUCUUAUGAAUCGAAAUACAAACCGGGAUUCAAAGGAAGCAAGUAUAAACUGGGAGUAUACUACGCCUGAAAAAAAUAAAAAACUGAAGAUAGUAAAAGAUUGAAGAACAGAAAUCUAACUGAAUUCAAUUUCGUAUACGUGCAAAAUUUAGUUAUUAUGUUCUGAUGAAUUUCAUCUGAAAA